AUGGACCCAAUGGAAGAAGAGAAAAAGGCAAUUCUUGGCGACGAUGAAUUUUUAAAGCUAGAUGAAUACAAUACUUUAUUCCAUAACUCGAUAUCCAUGAUGGAUAAACAUGACAAUCAUGGCCCAGGAGACAAAUUUUUAGAAGACAAUUCUGAUAACUAUGGCCUUGGCAACAGUUGUUUGACUAAAGCACUAAACAGGUUCCCUGCGAAUGAUAUCAAAGCAGAUUAUGAAGGAGAAUUAGAGGAACAAUCUAUUCACUCCGCAUGCUUCCCCUUUUUCUCUUUUUUCCUUUUUCCGUUUGUCCAAAAUGCCAUCUUCUCCAACAAGAUCGUUAUGUUCUCUAAAUCCUAUUGCCCGUAUUGCCUUCGUGCCAAGCGGAUUUUCAGUGAGCUAAAUGAGAAACCAUAUGUUUUAGAGAUUGAUCUCCGACACGAUGGAGGUAAAUUCCAGUAUGUUCUUAUGGAUUUGAUAGGUCGAAGCAUUGUUCCACAAGUGUUUGUUAAUGACAAGCAUAUUGGAGGCUCUGAUGAUCUAAGAGUUGCGGUCGAUGAUGGUACACUGCAAAGGCUUUUAGCUGCAAGUUGA